AUGGCUGUGACUUUAAUCCCUAUCGUUUGGGAGACCACACCUUCUUUGGUCCUGGAUCAAACUUUACCAUCGACACGACUCAAGUGUUCACAGUGGUAACACAAUUCGUUACAAAUGACAACACAGAUAAUGGAGUCCUCUCAGAGAUACGCAGACAAUGGAUACAAAAUGGUAAAGUUAUAAUGAGCAGGAACAUAACUGUUGGCGGUAAGACUUUUAACUCAGUGACAGACGAUUUCUGUAAUACACAGAAAACUGCAUUUGGCGAUAGCAAUGACUAUGAGAAGAGAGGUGGUCAUAAGAAGCUAAGUGAAGUGCUGGAUCAGGGUAUGGUCCUAGUCAUGAGUCUUUGGGACGAUCACGCUGUCAACAUGCUCUGGCUUGAUUCCGAUUACCCUCUCGACAAGUCUCCAUCAGCACCAGGUGUAGCUAGGGGGACCUGCCCCACUAGUUCCGGUAAACCUUCUGAUGUUGAGAGUAAGUACCCUGACGCCAGUGUGACUUACUCUAACAUCAAGUAUGGACCUAUUGGAUCUACGAUGCCAAAGUGA